UUUUAAGUAUCAAAUAAUAUUAUUCCCAAACUUUGCCGCUUACGGUAAACAUGAAGUUCCUAAACACUAUGUUACUAUUGGUAAUGGUAAUGGCGUUAGCCAUUGCUAUUUCAGCAACAUCAACCGAUCAUCGCAUUCACGACGAAAAUAAUAAUGCAACGGAAACAUUUAGCGUUUCUGAUUCGUCUGAAAAUGAUACUAAAAAACCGGUUACAUCGUUACGCGGUACAAAUCGCGUAUACCAAUUCCGAUAUCAAAUGACAUGCAACAAGUUCCCUAGGGUAUGUUCCACGAGGGGAAGUCCAGGGCCGGAUUGUUGCAAGAAGAAAUGCGUGAAUGUGAUGCAAGAUAGGGCUAACUGUGGAAUGUGUGGUAAACAAUGCAAGUAUUGGGAGAUAUGCUGCAAAGGAAAAUGUGUGAAUCCAUCCACAAAUUGGAAACACUGUGGAGCUUGCUUCAAUUCCUGUGACAAAGGCAGCUCUUGUGCAUAUGGAAUGUGCAGUUACGCAUAGAACAAAACCUAUGGACGCACGAAAGUGGGAAGCAUUUACAUAUAUUAUGGUGAUUGAUUGAUUGAUUCUUCUUCAAAUUUAUAGCCUAUUUUGUUAAUUAUGUUGGUGAAAAAAUAAAGUUAAAAUUUCUGUUGGUCGUCUUUUUAUAUAAAUAAAAAAAAUGUAUUUGCUUCAUUUGUAUUGCUAUUUUAGCAAUUACGAUAUGUAUACUCCUGGUUUGUACAAUUGUACUAUUUGUGCCUCAAUCUAUGUUUAUCAUUGUUAUUUA